ACGUGAGGCCACGUCCGAAGGGGUGGCACAGGUCCCGCAGGAGAUUCUUUAACCACUUUUAUCUGGGGCCAGGUGCUCCCAGUCCGAACAAAGAGGAAAAAGCAGCAGAGCUGGACUUUGCCUAGAGGUGGAUCGCUGAUGUUUGGUCAAGGCGGUUUGGGCCAAGGUGGAACCUGCAUUGCAGAACGUGGGGCGGACCUUCGCUCGGCUCGGGGUGGAGUCUAAAAGAAAGAAGGGCGGGACCUCAUCGUGCUAGGGCGGAUCUAAUAGGGGUCAGGAAGGCUCAAAGAUCUCAAGGAUGGGGCCGCCGUGAUGGAGGCGGGGCCUCGACGCUCGCUCCGCCCCACAGUGAUGCGUCUGUUGCCCACACAAGCCAGCGAGUCUCCACCGCGCGCGGGUCCUGAAGUAUGGCAGCCAUCCCUUCUAGCGGCUCGCUCGUGGCUACCCAUGACUACUAUCGGCGACGCCUGGGCUCCUCGUCCAGCAACAGCUCCUGCGGAAGUGCAGAGUACCCCGGGGACGCCGUGCCCCAACCCCCGGGUCUCCCCAAGGCCGACCCUGGCCACUGGUGGGCCAGCUUCUUUUUCGGGAAGUCUACCCUCCCAUUCAUGGCCACAGUGUUGGAGUCUCCUGAGCACUCGGCAGAAUCCCCCCAGGCCUCCAGAAGCCCGAUCACCAGUGGCCUGGCUCCUGAAACGGUGAAGCAGCAGCCAGUCGUCCAUCCUGGCCAGCCCAACACGAGGGCCCCGUCCUGACCUAGCAGAACCACAGCAAACUCACUUAAGUGGUGCUAGGCCAGAGCCCGCCGCCCACC